AUGAACCGCACAUAUGAGCAGCCCUUUCGUGGCCUUCCUCAAGAGUUGCGUGACAUGAUAUGGAAAGAGUUACUGAUCGUCGACAACGUACCAUUCAGAAAGCCAACAGAGCCGGAGAAGCCAGAUGUUGGACUUCUUGGUGUACACUCUCUUCUCUCACCCCUGAAUAGCAUAAACAACACUCGCUGCGACCCACUUCACCUAAGACUCUUUUUAACCAACAAGCAGAUGUAUGCAGAGACUGCUCCGAUAUUUUACUCAUCCAACGAGUUUAUCACGGACAUCAUGAGUCUCAACCGCGUCGACAGAUUCAAUGCUAGUAUCAGGCGCGACGUCCGACAAGUGCGCCUCGAGACUUUACCUUGGCAAGCCAUCCUUCAAAAACAAACACCACAUCCACGCGAUAUUCAUCUGUCUCUUAUUCGCCACAAGCUCGAAAUGCUCACCAUCAGAAUGCCNCCUGAACCACCCGCGACUUCCGUGAUCGACAAAGAUGUCAACAUAGCCAUCACGCCAUCUCUCGCCGCCGACCUUGUCGACUGCAUGCUUAGAGGCUUUGUCAAGCGUCUCCGUCUGCUCUACCCUAUCCCUACCGGCUUCAUCAGCCCUGAGCAGUUCUGGACUAUCAAAGUACUGCGCAAAGGCAAGCCUGCCGUUACUGGAGAACAGGGGCUCAAACUCGACAAAGCCUGGCGCAAAGUUGACACCAGAGGAUAUGCAGAGGUACUGUACAACCUGCUAGACGUUCCCAAGAAAAAGUUCAUCGCCAGAUUCGAAGACGGCAGCUUGUUGAGGAUACCUCGUGGCAAUGCUGUGGUUGUGCUCAGUCACGUCGAGGACGAACCUGCCAAGAAGGAGACGGUCCCGCGCCCGAGGGUAUGCAUAGUUGGACCAAACUCACAUCUCAAGCGAAGACUUCCCUGGGACCCUCAUAUUGCCGAUCCAAGACCCGACAAGUUCUCCCGCCUGGAACUGCCAGCCUUUCUCGCCUUUUCGGAAAGUCGCUCGUGCAAGAUGCCUCAACGCGCCAUACGAGAAAGAUUNCGAGGGAAGUCAAAUCAGAUCCGUCGCCUUGUGAGCGACAAAGUGCCAACUCUGGCUCAGAUACCGCGAGAGACAUACCGUUGGCAGCAAUAUCCGAGUCAUGAUACAUGA